CUCUCUCGCUGUCCUCGCCCGAUCAUGCUACUUCCCUUGGCCCAAAAUGGGCUCAGUGUUGGACCAGAAUUCUAGUGCCGUGCGCAAGCGUAUUCAGAAUCAUCAGUUCGAAGAUGAGGGUGGCGAAGAAUACGACGCCUCCACCUUUGGUGGCUUCAGCGAUUAUAUGCGCAGGAAGAAACUCAAACUGCAGAAUCUGGACGCUGAGAUACGCUCCUCUGCUUCUGAGAAUCCCCCCAUCUUUCGAGGCGUCGUGGCGCACGUGAAUGGCUACACGCAACCAUCUCUCCAGGACCUCCAUAAAUUGAUUGUCAGCCAUGGUGGUGGUUUUCUCCAGUAUCUGAGCGGCAAGACGGAUGCCACUCACAUCAUCGCCAGCUCACUGACCCCCAAGAAACGGGAGGAACUCCGAAGAUAUCGGAUCGUGAAACCGGCAUGGGUAGUGGAGAGUGUCCAGGCGGGUCGCUUGCUCCCCUGGGAUCAGUUCCGCGUCGUUGACGAAGGACAUGCACAGAAAGUCUUGAAGUUCGACAAUGGACGUAUGCUGAGCCAAACCAACAGUCCACAGGCGGGCUAUCGGGAGCAGAGCAGGAAUAGCUGGUACGCCUCUCAACUCCAGGCAGCGGAGGCAACUAGUCCGGUGAGGUCUCCUUUGGUGCAGCCUGCGGGCUUAGCGCCGACAGAGACGCAACCGAACUUGGCUUCGCAGUCGGACUAUGGCGAAUUCCCCAGUUUCUCGAUGGACGAGGCAGGCAAUCCUCUGCCUGUUUCGCAGCAAACCAGUGUACUAUGUUCUCCCAUGGAUCUUGAACCUAACAAGGACAACCCGGGCAAUGAUAUUAUCGUGUCCCGUUCAAACAUAACGCAAGAAAGAUCCCCAUUAGCUCAACAAGCUAGUCCUUCGAAACCAGGAUUGACAUCUGAAGAAUACAAUGCGCAACUUUUGACGGAUCCGCGCAUGCGCAACUCCAGUGUAGUCAAUCCCGAGUUCAUCCAGCAAUACUACAAAGAGUCACGUCUGCAUCAUCUCUCAACGUGGAAGGCAAAUCUCAAAGCCCAACUUCAAUCUGCAGCUACGGAGAAGUCGCAAUCUCAGUUCAAGCGCGCGAAACCUGUUCCCGGUGGCAGACGAUAUAUCAUGCAUGUGGAUUUCGACUGCUUCUUUGCUGCUGUAUCAACAUUGAAACAUCCCCAGCUGGAAGGAAAGCCGGUGGCGGUGGCACAUGGCGCUGGGUCGGGCUCUGAGAUCGCAAGCUGCAACUACGAGGCGCGUGCGCAUGGGAUUAAGAACGGAAUGUGGAUGAAAGGCGCUUUGGAAGCGUGUCCUAGUCUACAGGUCGUUCCUUAUGAUUUUCCGGCAUACGAGGAAGCGAGUCGAAAAUUCUAUAAUGCUAUCCUCGCUAUAGACGGCAUUGUUCAGAGUGUGAGCAUUGAUGAAGCGCUUGUGGACAUCACAAUGCAAUGCUUGCAUGCUGGAGGUUCGGAUGGAAGAGGUGUUUCCGAAGGGUCUAUCUACCGGGAACAAGCUAAAGCCGAUGAGAUUGCGCAAGCAUUGCGCACAACUAUAAAGGAACACACGGGCUGCGCAGUGUCCGUGGGCAUUGGUGGCAAUAUUCUCCAGGCUAAAGUAGCCUUACGCAAAGCAAAACCGGCGGGGCAAUUUCAGCUGAAGCCUGACGAAGUACUUAAUUUCAUAGGGAUUCUGACGGUCCAAAGUCUUCCGGGCGUCGGUCAUAGCAUGGCUGCCAAGUUAGAAGAGCUGGGCGUCAAAUUUGUGAAGGAUGUUCGGGAAUUGACUCGCGAAAGACUCACAUCCAGCCUGGGUCCCAAGACAGGCGUCAAGCUUUGGGAGUAUGCACGAGGCAUCGAUCGGACCGAGGUCGGCAACGAGACGAUACGCAAGUCUGUAUCUGCUGAAGUCAACUGGGGGAUCCGCUUCGUCAAUCAGAAUCAGGCUGAGGAUUUCAUCCGAUCAUUGUGUGACGAGUUGCACAAGCGACUAGUCGAGAGCCUCGUUAAGGGCAAGCAGUUGACGCUCAAGGUGAUGCGGAGAGCAGCCGACGCGCCGCUGGAAGCUGUGAAGCACCUGGGACACGGCAAAUGCGACAUUCUCAACCGAAGUGCCAUGCUCGGCGUAGCCACCAAUGCUUCUGACGUUCUGGGCAAGGAGGCCGUGGCCAUGCUUCGCAGCUUUGGCAUCUCACCCGGUGAUCUAAGAGGAUUGGGGGUUCAAAUGACCAAACUCGAGCCGCUCAAAUCCGGGUCUCCUCGCAAGCCCGACGGCAGCCAGCAACAGCUGAACUUCAAGGCAUCGCCGAUCCGCAAAAGCAUCGAGCGACCUGAGGACCCGGACGACGUGGAGAGUCCUCAGCGGGGCGAGUCCGAGGCCGUCCGGUCCGUCCCCUCGAUGCACGAGAGCGGCCACAAGCCGUUGAACAUCUCGGGAACGCAAUUCAUCCUGCCUUCGCAGAUCGACCCCCAGGUCGUCGCCGAACUCCCCAACGACAUCCGCUCGAAACUGGUAGCCCAGGGCCGGUCUCGCCGCGACACGCGGUCGACCUCGCCCUGUCCGCCCACUCGCACGCGCCGACCCAUAGAGGGCGCAGAGCUGCCUCCGCCGUCCCAACUUGACCCGGAGACACUUAUGGCCUUACCAGAGGAUGUCCGGGCCGAAGUACUAGGUUACUACACCCGCGACUCCAGCGACCCGGACAACCAAACCCCAGAACCCUGGACAUCAGCACCUCCCACCACCACCACCAACCCUCCCCGCCCAACAUCCUCAAGCUCAAGCUCUCUCAAACUCCGCAAACCCACCACGCCCACCAAACGGCGUCGCGGCCGUCCUCCCAUCAUCAAAUCCAGCCUCGACACCACCCUAACGCAAGCCAAAUUCAUCCGCCUGAACCCGCCACCACCAGCAGCCUCAGCCUCAGCCCCUGCAUCAACCACCACCACCAUCACCACUGACCCAACAACAACAGAAGUCUCCGCCGACUUCCUGGCAGCCUUACCCGAAGACAUCCGCCAAGAAAUCCUCGAAGAACAGCGUCGAACCCGCCUCCUCCAGCGCCCAGCCCUGCACCCUUCAACCCACGCACGACCACCCUCCACCACCACCACCACAACAACAACAACAACAACAACAACAACAAGCAAUGCACCUCCACAACCUCCCCGCGAGAAAACCAUCUCCCUCCCCCCGCUCCCCGCACGCCCCACCUUCACCGCCAACCGCCUAACCUCCCUCCCGGACCUCCGCGACGCCCUGACAGCCUGGUACACCGCAUUCAACCCCGCGCCGGACGAGGCAGGCGCAGUAGACAGAAACGAAGAAGACGAACAGGGAGAAGAAGAAGGCCCCUUCGACGAAGACAUCCUCUCGCUCGCCCGGUACCUGAAACGGGUUGUCCUGGACGAGCGGGACCUCGAGAAAGCGGUCGCCGUCGUGCGGUGGUUGAUCUGGUUGGUCGAGAACGAUAACCCGGGGACCACGGCUGACCCCAGUGGCACUGGCGCUGGCGAUGCGGACGGCCCGGCAAGUUCGACUCACAGGAGCGCCAGCGCCAGCGGGAGCGGUCCCGGGUCUGGGUCUGGGUUUGGGUUUGGGUUUGGGAGUUCGCAGGAGGAAGACGCUUUCAAGACGCCCAGUCCGAGCGGCAAGAUCUCUAGGCCGAAAGGGUUGGAUAGGUCACAGCGGCGACGGCAGCAGCGGAAGCAGCGGGUCGGGAGGAGGUGGGGGGUGGCCGUGAGGAUGGUGAAGGAGAGUGUUUUGGAGGCUGUUGGGGAGAGGGGGUUGGGGGCUGUGGAUUUUGAUUGA